AUGGGUUUAUUGGGAAUGGUGCUUGUGAUCUUGAUUUCCACUAACCUAGAGUUGGGUUUGGCAUGGGUCCCUGGCAAAGCAAUGUGUAGGGUGAAGGAGUUCAAGAGCUGCUACUUAUACGAACACAAUUGCCCUAGUGAAUGCCCCUACUAUUGUAAUGUUGAUUGUGCAUCUUGCAAGCCAGUUUGCAGUUGCAACUUUCCGGGCGCGGUGUGCCAGGACCCUCGCUUUGUGGGCGGCGAUGGCGUGGCCUUCUACUUCCACGGCAAAAAGGGCCACAACUUCUGCCUUCUCUCCGACCCCGACCUCCACAUCAAUGCCCACUUCAUCGGCAAAUCCAAGCCCUCCAUGAAACGUGACUUCACAUGGAUCCAAUCCAUUGCGAUCCUAUUCGGGCCCCACCGCCUCUUCAUAGGGGCCCACAAAGCAUCCACAUGGGAUGAGUCCCUUGACCACCUAAUCAUCUUCCAUGAUAAAGACCGGAUCCGACUCGAGCCCAAAGUGGGCUCUGCAUGGCAAGCUCAGGUGCACCCAGGCUUGAAACUCACUCGAACACGACCAACCAAUGAGGUGGUAGCUGAGGCCAUUGGAAAGUUCAAGAUAACAGCAAGGGUGGUGCCUAUAACCAUGAAAGAGAGCAGGAUUCAUGGAUACAAUAUAACAGAGGAGGAUUGCUUUGCCCAUUUGGAACUUGGGUUUAAGUUUUAUGGGCUAAGUGACAAUGUUAGUGGUGUCCUAGGCCAAACUUACAGGGAAGGAUACAGGACCAGGGUGAAGAUAGGUGCUUCCAUGUCUAUUAUGGGUGGGGACCGUGAGUUCGCGACUUCAAACGUUUUCGCACCCGAUUGUGCAGUGGCUCGGUUCGAUAAUCACAUGGCAGCUCGGGGCAUGGGCUCAGAGGGUGGGCUUUGA